AUGCCUAAUUCUAAGGAAAAUGGUCCAUGUGGUAGUAGAGUUAUAGUGGGAGGAGAGUAUGACGUUGCCCAAUGUUUUGUCUCGGACUGUUGGCCCCCUUCUGCCUCCAAAUGGAUAGACCGAUGUCACUCAUGGCCCCCAUCUUAUGUUGUUGAGGACAUAGUCAGAAAUGGAUGCCAUUUUGUAGCAAUAGGACACAAACUAGGUAAACACACAGAGAAUGAAUGGAGAAUUUCCUUCUCUUUGGCAGAACAAAAACUUGUAUAUUCAAUGAAUCAUUGUCAAUUUUUAACCUAUGGUCUGCUUAAAUUGCUCUUAAAAGAAUCUAUUAAUAAUGGAUUAAAUGAUGAGGACAAGCUACUGUGUUCCUAUCACAUGAAGACAGUCGUUUUUUGGGUGAUUCAACAGAAAACAAUACCUCAUUGGUUUCCACAAAAUCUCCUGGAGUGUUUCUGGAUUAGUUUUAAACUUAUCCUUAAAUGGGUGUAUGAGGGGGUAUGUCCAAACUUUUUUAUUCCAGAAAACAACAUGUUUCUGGGUAAAAUUCAUGAUGAAUCACAAAAGAAUUUAUUCAAGAGGCUUCAUGAAUUGUAUGAUAGGGGUUUAGUAUCACUGCUUCAUAUUCCAUCUAUCAGGUCCAGUGUUAUAAGUGUCCUUCAAAAUCCCAGACAAUUUGUUGAUACAAACAAACACAUGCUGAUCUCAAAAGUUUUGUUUGAACAACAUCUACUUAAUGAAUUGGGUUCAAAUAAAACUGCUAUAUCAAACCUACAUCAAUGUAUGAGGUUCCUCAAUGCAGCAGAAAAGAUGAUAUAUUUACCCCUAACUCAGUACCAGGUUCUCGUGUUACAAAGACAUACAGCCCCUAUACUCCAAAACACUGCUUUUAUGUUAUAUAAGUUUUUAACCGUUUUUGCACCAUUGGAGGUAUAUAUUAGCUCAGUUGUAAACAAACAAGUGUAUAUGGCUGAAAAGAUAUCAAGUUAUAUGCUGAAAUUAGUAGCCAAGUUUGGGUGUAUUUCUGAUAUGUUGUUUAUUGCAAUGUUUUACUACAAGACACUUAGAUACAAGGAAGCUAUAUCAGUUAUAGAGAUGACAAAGGUCAAGUUAGCACAACCAUAUGUAUUGUAUUUCCCUCAUUUUUCUAUGGAUGGAAUACGUUACAUGGUUCAUCAGUGCUUAGGGGGGCAUUCCUUGUCUACAAAGAUGAGACAUGCUGUAGCAUGGGAUUUUAGCUUUGAAAAUGGAGUCUGUUACAUGAAUGAAUUAGUGCCAGAACAACAGUGUAUGUUACAGAAUGGACACCAUAUAUUAAAUAUCCCCCUCUAUGUGAUGUUGCACAUGUUAGAGACAUUGUGUUAUAGACAUGUAGACCCACUGAGAGCACAAACAGCUCUAGAUAAUCUACAGGACCUGGUUUACCAUGAUCAGGGGAAAUAUGCACCUGUAAAGUACAGAGACAUAUGCUGGGAGAUUCUAGGGAUCUGUCAACAGGUGACAGGGAACCAUCAAGCAAGCUGCUCUGUACUCCUAUCAACAAUCUCUCAGACAUACAUCAAAUUACAUACAAACUGCUACAUUGAUGAGGAUACAAGAAAUCAUGACACUCAUGUACAGAAAUCAAUAAUUCUCACGAUAAUUUAUCAAGAUAGUUACCUAUCAAAGUUCAGCACCUCAGAACUUUUCUUUUAA